CCCGCGCUGCCGGCAGCCGGGGCCGGGCGCGCCGCCCCGCGAUCGCGGGCUUUGGGGCAGGAUGGCCGCGGGGCUGGUGCCGUGCCGGGGGCUGGUGCUGUGCGCGGCCGUGCUGACCAUGGCGCCGGGGCCAGCGAAAUCUUCCACGCCAGACCCUGUAUUUCGAAGGGUGGAUAUUGCCCUGGGCUGCUCCUUCGUGGGGGAAGAUGUGAGAGGCUUGCAGCAUGCCUUUGGCACUUCAUCCUCAGAGUAUCCCGCUACCCUUGUGCUGAGGGCUAUCAGCGUCAGAGAUGAUGGGAACUUGGAUGAUGUAACUGAGUACAAAGUCCCACAGGAAAAUCCUGACUCCUCUUCUCCUAUUGUCUUUGAAGCCUCAGCACAGUCGGUACCCAUCCCCCAUGCAGAGUCCCUGCUGCACGCAGACUGCCAUGGGGAGGAGCUGCGCUGCGAGAUCUCACCCUACAGCUCCCAGCCCGCUGGCCAGGGGCCCUGCAGUACUGCCUGCUUGGUGGCCACCCUGCAGCUCUCCAGUGGCAUCAGCGUCAUCCUGGUGCUCCGAGGACCCCACUGUGACAGCCUGGAGGAGGAGAAGGAGCACAAUACAACACUGCACCCAAAGCUGAGGAUUCCUAUGAGCAAGGAGGGAACAUUGCUGACCACAGUUGAAUUUCAGCUGUCAUCACGCAACACUUCCCUGCACGCGCGUCUUGGCGGCUCAGUCACCCUCGACUGCCGCUUUGCCUUGGCUCCCAGCUCCUCACUGUCUUCCCUGGAGUGGAGGAGGCAGCAUCAAGGCCACGGCCGUAGCCUUUUCUGGUACCAGGUGGGAAGCACAGGCCCAGCGGUGCAGCCAAAAGCCCACGUGGAUGUGGCAGAGCUGCUGGGGAGUGGAGAUGCAUCUCUUAGCCUGCAAGAAGUGAGCGUGGGAGAUGAAGGGACGUACAUCUGUUUGGUGUCCACCCUGCUGCACAAGGCUCAGCAUAUCAUCCAGCUGCAUGUGGCCGAGCCUCCCAGAGUUCGCAUCAUUCCAGCAGUGGUGUCAUUUGAGAGAGGUGCGAUGACUACUCUGACCUGCAGCAUUGCUGGCUAUUACCCACUGGACGUCUCAGUGAGCUGGACACAAAAGGCUCCUGAAGAUGAUGUGGAAAUCCCUCUCUCAAACGCACGUUUCUCCAGCCACCGGCAAAACCGAGAUGGCACCUACAGUAUCACUUCCUACCUCAGCAUCAGCUCGGCCACAGCGCAGGCACCAGCUACCUACACCUGCCAUGUUUCACACAUAGCACUGGCAGAGCCCCUCUCUGUGAGCGCCCAUCUUAAGGUACCAGAGCAAAUGGGAUCAGAAGGACUGAUGGGGGGUUUCAUUGCUACCAUCAUUUUCAUCGUUGUCCUCUUCAUUGUGCUCAGGAGAAGAGCAGACAGGAGUUUAAAAUGCUGAGCAACUUCCUUCAUGGGUGAGACACAGCAAGGAGCCUGUUUCUCACCUGCACCCCUGCUCAGAAGAGAGGAAGGUCAAAUAUCCCAGGAUCUUGGAGGCAGAAGUGCAGGAGCAGAUGAGCUGGAGACAUUUCUGGUGGAAGGCAGCACUGCUUUGGUCUUCCUGCAUCUUCUUUUUUUUUUUUCACCCUUUCUUCAUCUAAGGUGAAGUCUGAGCAACUUCCAAAGGCUUCAGAAUAGAGGAAAUCCCUGUGCCACCCACCUCUUGACACAUCCUCCUCGGGAGCCAGCCCUGUCUAAACAUUAGCAGAGCUGUUGGUCUAUAUGGGAAGAGUAGGUCUGCCCUUGGUGGGGGACCUGAGUGGCUGUUUAGAGGUGGACUCACAGUAAAAAAGUGUCUUCAUCUUGGGAGGGCAACAUUGAUGGCCUCAGCUCGUUGCUGGGAUGCUGCGUUACAGGCAACAUGUUUAGAAAUGCCUCUUCUCUGGUUUCAGGGAAAGUUAAAUUGUAUAUAGAUGAGUGUAUGACUGUAUAUAUAUAUAUAUAUGUGUGUGUACAUAUAUGCCUAAGUAGGUGUACCACAUAUGCAUGUAUGUGGGUAUGUAUCAAUAGAUGUAUAUAGGUACAUUUGGUUGAUGCCUCUGAAAGCAGGUGUUUAAGUGAGAUAUUUAUGUAUGGAUGUGUUUUAACCAUAAAGCUGGGCAAAUACUUAGGCAAAAUUGGUACUUCAAAACGGUAAGUCCUCAAACAGAGAAAGUUAUGUAUUAAACUGAUUCCAAAUCACGGAAUCAGAAAAAUGUUACUCUCCUGGAGAAAGCUACAAUAAAAUUUUUAACAAAAAUUUCACUGCCAGAAGUUUACAAGAUGGAGAAAAUCUGUGGUUCUGUAGUUCUGAAAAAGACAGACGUGAUUAAAUGUUUUUCCUGCCUAACAGGGAAUUUGAGUUUAGAAAUCCUUGUAUCCAACAGGGGAGGAAAAAAAAAGCAGAAGGAAGGUGAGGAUGUAAAGGAGGUAUAUGGCACACAAUAAAAGUGAGAAUUUAUGAAGCAUACAAGGUGAUAAGGAGCAUUCAAAAUAAUCUGGCAAAACUGGAUCGCUGCAAGCGCUAACAGCAUUUGGAAGGAGUUUUUCCAAAAUACGUUGAAAAUGAAGAAAUUCUAGCAACAGCCUAGGCUCUUACUGGGGGGAUGUAGGUAAAACUGUUGACAGAUAAUAUGUUUUGAUGGGAGCUUUUUACUAAAGAGAGUCACUUGCAUAGAGAAAGAAAUGUACAUGAGGGUUGUAAACACUUCCUAAUCCAUUUGCAAACUAAGAAAGGUUUUAACAGCGUCUUUAGAUCAGUAGCCAAGAAAAUUUCCAUCUCAGAAUCAUAAAAGGUUUGACCGAGGAGCUAUCUGGUCCAAGGGAGUUAGGUAUUUAAAAAUCCUGGCAUACUAGAGAAAUCCCAAGACCUUGGAAGACCGUGUUGUGCCUGUGUUCACAGGUGGGGUUUUUUUCAAAAAGCAGUUGUGAAAAACAAACCUGACUUCAUUCUUUGAUGAAAUAAUACAUGUGGUAGAUGAAACCACUUGUGUAGAUUGAACAAACCAAGAAAUCUGUAAAUCUUGAAGAAAAAAAAAAUGCAUGUUUGUAUAAAUCAUUGUUUGCAUUAUGUGCAGCAAUUACUAGCUAACAGACAAAUGGCAGAUAUUCCUUGUCCAGAAAGAAGGAGCAAUUGCUGCUGAAAGCGUGUGCCUCUGCAUGAACUGCGCUGUUUAAUAUUUGCAACAGGAGAUGUGACUGUAAAAAACAUUGUUGGUAAAAUUUGCAAAGGGCAAGAUCAGUAGCUACAGUCCUUCCAAUCAACACAAGUCUCUGGGACAGCUGAGCGUAGUCCAACAAGAUGUGAUGCUCAGAAAUGAUGGUGGGGCCAGGUACUGGACCACCACGCUGUCUCAAUGCUGUUGAUCCAUGUAUCCCUAUCAGUUGCCUGACCUAUGAGAACUAAGACUGACCUUGGGAGAAUGUCACAGCUGGUGGAAGCAGUUUUUGCUCGUGUCAUUUCCUCUUCGUUUCUGAUGUGUUAGCAAUAAAUAUUUUUAGUUCCAAGGAUUGUGCAUCUCCCACACUGCUCUAUGGAGUCAAGCCUACUGCAUGGUUCCAUGGCCCCACGCAGAGCGGGGAAACCACCUGGCACUCAGCAAGGGGAAUCACAGAAACUUUCUGUACUGCCUGCUGGCUUCAAAGACACCCCCACACAACAGAUGAGUGUGUGACAGCUAGCUCUUGUGCAGCUAGGGAAGAAGAUCAAGCUGCCAAGAGCUGGAACCCUGUUGGUGACUGCUGGAGAAGUCACUGUCACCUCUGACUGACAAUGCCAAGUUGGAAGGCCUGAAAAACUUGAAGCUGCAACACACCUGUCGGCACUGCAGGUGUCUACAUGGGGUUUUAUUACGUUGAAAGCUUGAAAGUGGCCCAGAACAAAAUGAGAGAAGCAAUAAACCUCUUACAGGGGCAUUUUGAGGCAUUACUGUGGUCUUACUAAACCAGUAUCUCUCAGUCACACCACAGAAAAACAGAGUACUGGUGGCACUGUAACCUGCAGAGAAAGGCACU